AAACACAAAAGUACCUUGUGAGAUGUAUCUCAAACACUGCUCUUUUCUUUCAUCCAAAAAUUGAUCCAAAGGGUUUUUUUAUUUUAUUUUUUACUUUUAAUUCAAAUUUCCAAUUUAAAUAUAUAAUGUAGAUUGAAUAAAAUAAUAUUGAUGCAACUUUUAAGAUUAGCUUUGAUAUUAUUCUAUACCAUAAAGGUAAAAAUCAAUAACAUUGCACUUAUGGAUAUUUGAGUGAAGAUUUCAAUACUUGUAGAAUUGAUACACAAAAAAGGUAUAUUUUUUACUACUUGUCCUUAAAACAGAGGAUAGAAAAAUCCUUUUAAUUAUAAAUUGAUAAAAGAGAUUUUCCACCUUUGCGCCUAAGGACAUUAAUCAAAAUACAAGAACUACACCUUUCUCACAUCAAUUUUACAUUGCAAAAAGAAAUAGUUUUACACUUGAACCUCUUCAAGAGGAAGAAAAAACACUAAACAUAUGGUAAAACUUAAAAAUCAACUUGAUUUAAUGCAAAAUUUUCACACAAACUUGAAAAUUUAUUGGAGCAAAAUUCAAAGUGCAAACUUUUUCAAAACUCUUAAAAAAUUUACUUUUAAAGCAAGUACUUUUUAAGCUUUAACAAACACUCUUAAUCUAUAACACUCACAAUAAAUAUAUAAUACUUUGCAUAAGACUAGAGAAAACUAAGCCCAAUCAACACAAUUGUGAACAAAUUUCAUUGUUAUACAGUCUUUCGAUAUACACACUAAUGAAUUUAAACCUUAUUUCAUGCAUGAUAAUGCAUUAUCAUGCAGUCCAAGUUUCUAAAGCACUAAACAUCUUACCUUCCCAGUUUGAGAAAGAUUUACAAGAUGCCGGUAGAUGCAUAAUAUAAUCACAUUAUGCACGUAUCACAAACUUAAAAUUACUAACAACAUUCAUAUACACAUUAAAAAUGCAGUACAAAUACUAAAUUUACUAAAUUGUCAUUAAUGAAAACUCUCAUAAACACUAUCAAAUUUCAUUAAUUUAAUGAAAACUCUCAUAAACAAUAUCAAAUUUCAUUAAUGUCAAUUUAGUAAAUUCAGUAGUCCACUGACAUAAAUAAUAUUAGAGAUUUCUGUCUUGUAUGGACUGCACUUUUCUGUAAAUAUUAUUGAAAGCUCUCAGUUGAAGGCCAAAGUUUUCCACAUGAGAGAACUUGAAGCCGCCGAUUCUCUCUAAAAUUUAAGCCAAAGAAAAGGAGAUCCUUCAGGAGAUUGAUAGAUCUCUCAUCUUCCACCUAAGAGAAGAGGCAGAAGCUAAAACUCCGCCUCAACUCGUAGACAGAAGAGUCAUCAAAAUCCAGCAAGCACGAGAAAUGACCGUUCCUUGGCCUAAACCAAAGAGAGAUCUGAAUCCAACUUCAGAUCUCUUUUCAGUGUGGUUAAAGCAAAUCAAUCAUCAUCGAGCAUACCAGAAACGGAAAAAGAAUGCUAUUAAGAACGGAAUGAAAGUGCAGAGCAGAAAAGAACAGAAGUAAAAGUGUGGAACCUACGAGAAAAUGCAAGAAUCCAUGAGAUUUAACGAGGAAUCUGCAUGUCCAGAGGUACCUGAGAUCUGAGAUCUGGAUUUUGGUGUUGCAUCUCUUUCGUAUUCUCUCUGCGCUAUUGGAAUGAAACAAAGAGAAUCAUAGUGGAUGCUGUUUUACAUCUUACUAACAAAAUAAAAAGCUAAGAAAUAAUAAUAACAAUUAUAACAAGAAAGGUUUUUGAGAUAC